AGAGACCGGCCUAGCCUAUUUACCGAGAUAAGGUCACAAAAACCAUGGCGGACGAACAGGAGAUAAUGUGCAAAUUAGAAAAUAUUCUGGAAAUACGAAACAAGACCAUGCAGAUGCAGAAAAUCAAGUCUCGGCUGAAGACUGAAUUUGAGGCCCUUGAAUCUGAGGAGAAACAUCUGAAGGAGUACAAGCAGGAGAUGGACCUCCUGCUCCAGGAGAAGAUGGCACAUGUAGAAGAGUUGCGGCUUAUCCACGCAGAUAUCAAUGUGAUGGAGAGCACUAUCAAGCAGUCAGAGAAUGACCUGAACAAGCUGCUAGAGACGACUCGGCGUCUGCAUGAUGAAUACAAACCUCUGAAGGAGCAUGUUGAUGCCUUAAGGAUGACCCUGGGUCUUCAUAGACUCCCCAAUCUCAAUGAAGAGGAGGAGAAGCUCUCACUUGAUUACUUUGAGAAGCAAAAGGCGGAGUGGCAGAAGGAGCCGCAUGAACCAGCUAUCCCAGAAUCCCUUGCAGCGGCCGCAGCUGCAGCCCAGCAGCUUCAGGUCUCCAGGAAGCAAGACGCCCGUCAGACAGCCACCUUUAGACAGCAGCCACCGCCUAUGAAGGCCUGCCUAUCAUGCCACCAGCAGAUCCACCGUAACGCUCCUAUCUGUCCCCUUUGUAAGGCCAAGAGCCGCUCCCGCAACCCAAAGAAGCCCAAGAGGAAGCCUGAUGAGUAGGCUGUCCUCUGCAUUCAAAUCUCUGUUAGUCUUAAAAGGACCUGCUACAAUACGCAGAUCUAAGGUCAGCCAUGUAUAUUUUCAGCUGUGGCCGAUAUAAGAAUCUGACAGUCUUAUGCCAGUCUUAGCUCUGUGCUUUCGGACACUUUGCAUAGAGUCACAACAUUAACUGGGUGUAUUAAAACAUCAAUCAUAACUCAUCUGCAGCCCUUCUAGGGUUUGAUGUUAUUGUCGUCCUUUUUUUUAAAAAAUCAGUGCUGAGUGUAACCAUUUGUAGUUGUAGAAUCUCUGUGUUAGGUUUACUAGCCCUUACCACGUAACUGCAAUAAUGAGAAAAGGAACCUUUAAAAAAUACUUACGUUCAGUAAUUGUGUCCAUGAUGCUAUUGUUUAUUGCCUCAGAUAUUGUACUGUACCUUAAUUUAACUUUUUUGUUUGCAUGCUUUUCUCACGACCGUCUUGUAAUUUUUUGUGACAGUAUAAAGAUUUAAUGGGAUAAUCAUAGUUGAAUGAGCCAACAUGAUUUAAUGUUUACAGCGUACAAGUGGCCACGAACUAAAAAAAACAGAAAGAUUUGCUUUGAUUAGUGAUGUAUUUCACUUUAAUACAGUCACACACAAAUAAAUGGCUGUUUUUGUAGCAAUGUGUAUGUGUUUUAAUGGGGGGGGGCGACUAUGAACAGUUACACAUUCAGACACAUUCCUCAUACUCAGUGGUAUUUACAUAAUGGCUGCGAUAAUGAAGACGUUUUAUCUUAGCCUGGCGCCCCAUCAUGAACAUAUUGAUCAGUGGUUAUUUGGCCCAUGAGUUAGUAUAGCCUAAAUAUAUAAUAUAAAAAUAAGGACAUACUCAGCCCCACCAUUGCAUAGUGCUUCUCCUUGUGUUAAUACUGUGCCCAUCAUGUCUGAAGCUAUCUGUCUGAAAAAAGGACAGUGAGAGCUUGUUAAAUGAGUUCCAGUUGUGUUUUUGUCAGGGUAACCCUCAUUGCAUCUGUUGUCAGGGCAACUCCUUGUUCCCAAUGUGUUGCCUAGACAACCCCAGGUUGCUGUGACCUGCAUACCUCUAGCAGUUCCUCCCAAAUCCAGUGAGGGGCAUCAGAGGGCUUUGGAGAGUUUGGGACCAACUCCCCCAGUAAGCACAUCCUGAAAAUAUGGUGAGAUCUGAUCAAUCACAUCGACAUUAAUAUCACUUUCUAAGGGACAUAAAUGGGGAAGAGGUGACACAGAGUUUAUUUAAGGCACAAACAUAGUUAUUGUGUUGCACAAAUUUAUAUUUAGUCUGUUCUCCACUGUUUGGACAUCCAGUUGUGUCUUCUUCCUCCUGAUAAAAGUGUUCAAGGCCAAAGAAGCCUGCCUCUGCUCACACACACAACAGACUGAAGGACCAUGGAGCUC